GGAGCCGGCCCUGCCCCGGCCCGGGCACCCCGCGGCCGGUGCCGCCGCCCGUCGGCGGAGCGGAGCACGGGAGCACUGCGGCGGGCGGUGUGCGCCGGGCAGGCGGGCCCGGCCCGGAGCUCAUGACUUGCCUUCACAUGGUCACUUUGGAUUCCUGAGCUGGUAUUCCAGGCCUGCUGACAGAUGGGUGACAGCUAUUCUGAAGAGCUUUACAGCAGCGGCGACAAUUUGGGAGAUCAGCAUCUCAACAAGAGAAAUUCUCCUGUUUCUGAUUCAUCAGAAGAGAUCAGGAAAGCUGCUGAGGAGUGUCUGCUGUCAUCUUCAAGCACUCUUGAUGUCAGCAGAAAAAAUAUCAAGCAUCUUACUGAGGAAAUGUACAGAUUGCCCAACAUAAAGUACCUUCAUCUGGAAGGAAAUGUCAUAUCCACGCUUCCCGAGGAUUUGUUUCAAAAGCUGCCACAUCUUGUUUGGCUGGAUCUCCGCUAUAACAAGAUUAAAGCUCUUCCCCCUGGAAUCGGUUUCCACAGGCAAUUGAAAACUCUGCUUUUAGAGAGGAAUCCUAUAAAAGAGCUACCUGCAGAGCUCGGACGCUUGACUUCGCUGACAGCUUUGAAUCUGAGACACUGUCCCCUUGAAUUUCCUCCUAAAGAGGUCAUACAAAAGGGAUUAAAAUCCAUCCUGUCCUUUCUUCGGGAUUCAGGGAAUGGAAACGUACUCUGCAUGGAGCCAGCCACUUCAGCAGGAACACCACCGGUUGAGAAGCCGAACCUGAGUGAGCUGUUGCAGUCCAGUCUGGAUUUGUCACAGGAGUGGCCAAACAAAGAGGAGAGGCGACGGUUCCAGGAGCUGCGGGCAGAAGCCAUAAGGAAGGAAGAGGAAGAGCUGCUCGCUGAGGGCCGUGCCGGUGCAGCCCCCGGCGGGAGUGCAGCGGGGAGCAGGCUCCCACAGAAGGCGCAGCUCUACCCGCGCUCGGCGGGCCCUGCCAGGACGCUGCAGGUGAAGCGAGUGGAGAAGUGCCGGUCGGCAGCAGAGAAGGAGCUGAAGAAGGAACGAGCUUUAUUUGACCAAAGGAAAAAAUACUCAAAAAAGCACCAUGUGCUACCGAUAACUGCAGUUACCACAUCCUGAGCAAGAGAGCUGAGAAACAGGACCCUGCUCCUCAGAUAGUGGAAGAAUGGAUGCUGCAAGUAAAAGGUGAAGCUACAAGAUCCCGCAGGGAAAAGAAGCUGGAGCAGCACAUCAGACAGCACACGCCAGCGGUGAAAGCAAGGGGGGCGGGAAUUAAAAGGAGCUUCCCGAGUGGAAAUGAAGAAAGCAAAACAAGACGCUGAGACAGUUGAAGAUGCACAGACCAAGCCAGCAAACCCAACAGGAGUCACUCCCUGGGAGUCGUCUCCCGGCCUUCCCAGGAGAUUAUCCUGACUCACCAAGUGCAAAUUCCAAAGACCUUCUCCAGUCACACGUUGUGAUUGCCUGGAAUUGUGAAAGCCUGAAGUGGUUCCUUCACAGGGGUGAGAGCUGCAAAAGCCUCCUCUCACUCAGUCUUCCCUUGAGCUUGACAAUGUUAAAGCCACAAUGACAAUCCAUGUGCUCUAACCAGCAGUGAGGGCUGCCCCUUGCAGCAGAUGUGUGGUAGCUGUGGUACAGAGCCUCCUCGGCCUCUCUGCACAUUCCUCUCAAGCACACUUCUGCAGGAGACAAAAAUCCUGUGAAAACAAGAUGCAGAAGUUACCCCUGAGGUUUGGAGCAGCCAUUUGUAACCGUGCUAAUAUGAGGAACUGUGUACUCUUAGCUAACUCAUUCAUGAGUGGCACAGCUCUGGCCUUGCGCUGGACGCCCCGGUCCUAGUCAUGUCAGCCAGCCUGGGUUUCAUCACAAGUGCUGCGUUUAAUGUUGAAUCAUAACUGGAUUUAGAGCUGCUCUUCGGAUACAACCACAUUACAGGAGCUGAACCUGUGCUUAGUGACCUCUGGUACCGCAGGAGCCCUGGGAAGGGGGUCACUGUGCUGAGCUUCACCAGUGGCAGAGGUCUUCCUCCCUCCUUGCUUGCUGUGUUCUCCCUCUGCCCCCAGUCUCUCUGUUGUCCCUGCCAUGGUCAUCACUUGUCCUCCUGGCACAGCAGAGCUACCUCAGGUGGGUCUGGCCUCCGCGUUCUGCUAAGCCUUACCGUGUUGGAAGCGUUUGUCACAGGGACGAGCAGUAACACCACGGACCUGCUCUGCGGGGACAGAAGCGGCACCGCCCGGCGCGGGAAGAUGAAUACACAGCAGAUGGAGCAAUCCCACCCGAUCCCGUGGAGCAGAGCUUGGCUGAAUGCGGAGGAUGUGCAGGGCCGGCCGGGGUGUCCCAGCGCUUCCCAUGCUCCUGCCCACCCCGCUGGCUCUGCCACCCGGAGCUACACGUUUUGUGCUUCCUCAUCUCCUGUGGGGGAUCAAUGGGGCUCGGCUCUGCUGCCAUCCGGGUGGGGUGCUCAGAGCAGCUCCUCUGGGUUUGGUGUGCUUUUUCUGGAUACUAUUUAUAGUGACGUUGAUUUGAUCCACUUUUGACAAGGUUUCCUUUGAAUCCAUGUGUUUAUGCAGCCUGUCCGCUGUUCCACACUGGUGCUUGUGCGCUGAUCUAUUCUGUAUAUUCCAGAAAUGGAAUGGGCUGUGUCUGGCGCAAGGUGUGUUCAGCAUCACUGGAUUUAGUGAGUGCUGUGAUGGUGGAAACUGCCUUACUCAUUUUAGAAUGGUUUUGGAAAUAGAUUUUCUGUAUCACCACGUUGUGAAGGAUGCUUCAAAAAAAUGCCCUUCUUUCAGAAAAUCAGCACAGAUUUCCUCGUCCUUGGUGACAUUGGAACUCUCUGUGCCUGCGUGUGGUGCUCAGCAUGCUUGCAAGGGUUUGCAGCAAGUCAAGGUUGCCUCAGGGCCACAGCUUGUCCUGUCCUCCAGAUGCUGCAACAUUGGAAAGUUUCCAUAAUAAAUAAUACCAAAGUGUGGA